AUGUUGUCAUUACUCGCUCUCUACUGCUUUCUUGGCCCUGUGCUGGCUGCCUCGCUCCGCGUCUCGGUCAUGCCCUCGAAUAUCCUUCCCAAUCCUAAUGUCCUGCCCGCUUCGACGCAUGCCGUCCUAACUUCAGGCUCUGGAGAACCCAUCAGGGCUGUCCUGCGGAAGGGCAAUUACUUUGAGUUCCCAGAGAUCUCCACCACCGGAGCACAUCUACUCGACAUCUACAGCCACGACUAUGUCUUCGCACCCUACAGGAUCGAUAUCUCCCCCUCCUCCGACUCGGCCGGCACUGUCAUUGCAGGAGCCUGGGAAACAUACCGCGGGACACGAUGGGACGAUCGAGGAGUCGCUCUGGUGGCCGCCCCGACCGAGCAAUUGGACAUGUCGGCCAAGAUCCUGACGAGGAAGAACUUUUAUGAACAGCGCCAGGGCUUCAACCCUUUGAGCCUGCUGAAGAACCCUAUGAUCCUCAUGGCGGUCGUGGCCCUCGCUUUCACAUUUGGAAUGCCGAAGCUGUUGGAGAACAUGGACCCCGAAAUGCGCGCUGAAUACGAAGAAAUGCAGAAAAAGGGCCCUAUGGGCGGUCUCACCCGUGCCAUGCAAGGCGGAGGCUCUGGGUCUGCUGCAGAGAACUUUGAUCUCGCAGGCUACCUGGCGGGGACUGGCAAAAGUACGGGCACGGACCGAAGCCCGGAGAGCAUCCGCGAAAGGAAGCGAUAG